GCCAGCCAGACACACACGUCCACACCUAUAUACACACAUAUACACGCGCAACAACUCAAUAAUUCUAACAACGCGUCAGCAUGGUUAAGCCACUCACGUUCAAAGGCGACAAAAAGCCGAAAAAGAGGAAGCGCACCGACGCCGGCGAGGGCGCAGGCAAGACGGGAGACGGCACUUCAGAGCGACAGGUCAAGGCGGCCAAACAAGAUGACGCCGAUGCCGAGCCUUCAGAAGACGACAGCUGGGUCUCGGCCGAUGCCGUGAGCGACAUCUCGGGCCCCAUCAUGAUCGUACUACCGAGCGAGCCGCCCACCGCUCUGGCUUGCGACGCCACCGGCAAGGUCUUCGCCAUGCCCAUCGAGAACAUUAUCGACGGCAACCCGCUGAGCGCCGAGCCCCACGACGUGCGCCAGGUCUGGGUCGCCAACCGGAUCGUGGGCACUGAGCACUACCGCUUCAAGGGGCACCACGGGAAGUACCUCAGCUGCGACAGGAUCGGCCUCCUGACCGCCACCGCCGACGCCAUCUCCCCGCUCGAGACCUUCUCCAUCCUCCCGACCGCCGACACGCCCGGGACGUUCCAGAUCCAGACCCUGCGCGACACCUUCCUGACGGUCCGCCCGUCGCGGUCGGCGAAGGCCAGCGCGCCGCCCGAGGUGCGCGGCGACGAGACCGAGAUCACGUUCAACACGACGCUGCGCGUGCGCAUGCAGGCGCGCUUCAAGCCGCGCGUCAAGGCGUCGCGCGAGGAGAAGGCCCGCGAGAGGAUCAGCCGGCGCGAGCUGGAGGAGGCCGCCGGCCGGCGGUUGGAGGAGCACGAGAUCAAGAUGCUCAAGAAGGCCCGGAGGGAGGGGAACUACCACGAGACCUUGUUGGAUAUCAAGGUCAAGACCAAGCACGACAAGUUCGGGUGAAGCAGGGAGGGGGACGGAGGACGGAUGGAUGGCGGUUUCAGAAGUUUUCUGUUUGCGGACGAAGUGGGGGCUAUAGAACUUAUCGUCGAGAAAGAGUAGCAGUAUAUGUAAUGAAUGAUGAUACCCUCUGGGGGAGAGAAGCAGUACAGUCUUUCUUGGGGAAACAACACUUCCUUUUCCUGGUGAAACCUACAUCGAUGAGAGCGCCAGAGAAGAUGAUACGUACCCCACCCCAUCACUUCGAUAAGCUCGG